AGAAAAAUGGAAAACAAGGAGGAUCGUGGUUACAAAAAAGUACCAGUGCACGAAGAGGGCGUAGUUGAAGCGGCAUAUGUGUCCGAACGAGACAGUGUAUAUGUGACCACCACCAUUCCUGGACCCACAAGUAGAAAUUUCCUUUACAUAGCAGCAAGUGCAGCUAACAUAGCAUCAUUUGUUUGCGGCACAGCUUUUGGAUGGACUUCUCCAGAAAUUCCAAAACUAAACAAUUUAACAACAACUCCACUGGCAGAAGUUUUAAGUCCUUCCCAAGAAGGUUGGGUCGGCUCAUUCUUACCGUUAGCAGCAGCCAUUGGACCGAUCGGAGGAGGAAUUAUGGCAGACAUGAUUGGAAGAAAAAAAUCAUUGCUUGUGGCCACACUACCUUUUUUACUUGCGUUUUUAUUGAAUAUUAUGGCUAGUGCAGUUUUCUAUUUUUAUGUUUCUCGAUUUUUGUGUGGUUUGGGAGUGGGUAUGAUUUUUACUGUCUUGCCAAUGUAUAUUGGGGAAAUAUCUGAUGAUGAGGUCAGAGGCUCUUUGGGAUCAUUUAUGCAGUUGUUUAUAGUAAUUGGAUUACUGUUUUCUUAUGGACUGGGACCUUAUUUGCCAGUAAAAACAUUUAAUAUUAUAUUAUUAUUCCCCCCAGUGAUAUUUAUAGUUAUAUUUUUGUUAUUUAUACCUGAUAGUCCCUACUACCUCAUACAGAGUGACAAUUCCGAAACUGCUUUAGAAGCUCUCAUUAAAUUAAGAGGUGGAAAUAAAUCUUUAGCCCAAAAAGAAUUAGAAGUGAUUAAACUUCAGGUGGAGGAAGACCUUAAAAGUAAAAGCAGUUUUACAGGAACUUUCAAGACAAUAUUUAGUUCGAAACCAUUAAAAAUGGCGUUGUUUUUAGCUCUUGCUUUAGUAAGUUGGCAACAGCUUUCUGGAAUAAAUGUUGUGUUGUUUUACAGUCAAAACAUUUUCACAGAUGCAGGCGUGUCUAUACCUCCAGAAAUAUGUACAAUUAUUAUAGGAAUUGUUCAAGUUCUGGCAAGCGGUACUACUCCUCUUCUUGUAGAGAAGUGGGGUAAGAGGUUCCUAUUAAUGUUCUCUGGAAUAGGCAUGUUCAUAUCUCAGGGUGUAUUAACAUACUUCUUUUAUCUUAAAGAUAACCAGCACAAAGAUGUCUCUAGCAUCGGGUGGGUGCCAAUUUUAAGUCUUGUAGUCUUCAUUAUUACAUAUUGUCUCGGUUUCGGACCUCUACCAUGGGCAGUUAUGGGAGAACUGUUCCCAGGAAAUGUAAAAUCUGUAGCUUCUACAGCUACGGCUUCAUUUUGCUGGAUUCUUGGGUUCUUGCUAACUAACUACUUUGGUGCAGUUGCAGAAGUUAUAGGAAAAUCUGGAUCUUUCGGUUUCUUUACAAUUUGUUGUCUUUUGUCCGCUAUUUUUACUUUUAAAUUUUUGCCCGAGACAGCGGGAAAGAGUCUUAACGAAAUCCAGGCUCUUCUAGCAGGAAAAAAAUAA